AUGACUUCAAAAAGGAAUGAAUAUGAACGUCCUUAUUUAACUCAACGUUCAUUUAAAGAAAAAACUAGUUAUUCAUGCAUCGUUUACAUCGACGAACCUUCGAAGUACAGCAUAGUUGAAUCUAAGCGUUUAUUACAUGUUAAUGAACAAGGCUAUGGGAUUAUUAAGGAGCUUGGAAAAUCAUACAAUGUUCAUAUUGAACAAACUGGCACGUUUACUCUUCUUCAAUCUUCAGACUGUAUUUUAUUUGAUAUAUUUCGUAUAGGUACACGAGCGUCGAUGGAGCGCUAUGGCAUUUUACUUGAAAAAGCGAUGCAAUCCCAAAUGCACGAGGAAGUUCCAUCUGAUUGCGAAGAAUGGAAAGUAAAAAAAGCACAAGAAAUUCGACAAAAAAAAUUAACAACUACUUCAAAAUCAAAUCCAGUGUUAUCAGCAAGUGAAGAGCAAUCGCUACGUUCUACAACUGAGACUUUAUACAAUAUUCGCGUUGAAGGUGAUGCAUCAGCUGUAAAUGAGAAGUCUGGGCAAACAUAUUCAUCAUCAUCAUCAUCGUCAUCAUCAUCAUCAUCAUCAUCAUCAUCAUCAUCAUCAUCAGCAUCAAAAUCGAAUUUAAAAGGCAAUCAAUCAAUUUCAUGUCCAAUUAUUAUAGAAGAUAAUGAUAGAGAUUCAUCGGACUCAGAUGAUGUCAAAGUCAAUGAUGAAAAUCAAUUAAAUAGUUCAUUUGAUGAUGAUGAUUUUAACUAUAAUAUCCCUUCAAAAAGUCAAAAAUUAACUUCAAAUUCAAAGUCUGCUUGUUCGAAAAGACGUAACUUGAAACCAAUAACAAAAAUACCGAUCGUAAAAAAAUCUCGUCUCUUAAUAAACGAUGAAGAUGAUCAAGAUGAAAAUCAAAAUUAUGGCUUUCAACAAGUACUUCAUCAUGUCAAAGAACUUAAUGCUAUUGUUUUACAAGUUCAAAAGCAACAAAGUCAAAUGUCAAUUACUAUGGAACGUCAACACAAGUUUUUAAAUAGUUUGUGUGUGAAUCAAAAGAAAAUCGUUCGAAGUUUUAAUAAGCAUAAAAUUCCAAUUGUUCUUGAAGAUGAUGAUGAAGAAACCGCAACACAUGAUGAAGAAUCCACGAAUGCUUUGAAGUCAUACAAUCGAAGUGAUGGUCAAGUAAUAGAUCUUUUGAAAAUAUAUGGUACCAAGCAAAACACAAUCAAAUAUGCAUUAAAACUUAUUGACGUAGUAUUUAUUGAUGAUCAAGAAUUUCAAAACAUUAAUGUAAAGAAGGCCGAUGAAGAUGAAAGAAUCAAAGCCAUACGUAAUGCAGUUCAGCAUAAGUUUGGCUUUUCAGUCAAUGACAUGUCGAUCAUUUGGCCUCCCAUUCAUGAUUCAAUAUUGAGCAAACGUAGAAAUCAACGAAAAAGAUUGUACGCUAAAUCAAAUAAAGAUGCAUCAAAUGAUCCACUUGUAGCAUCAAAUUCACAAUCGGAAACAUAG